AUGAGGCCCUGGUCCGCCGCAGAUUCUGCAGGUCGUUCACAUCAAGAAGAUGCUGUUGCGGAGAGAGAACCUUCUUUCAGACAACACACUGAUGCCCCAUCCAGAGCCGUUUCUCGUGAUGUUCGUACGAUAAGCCGCUUGCCUGACCGAAGCAACUCCUCUGCCGUGCAGCAAAUGGGCAUGCAGCUUGAACACACAAUCCUGCAGAAUAUCGAGCAACGUUUGCUGGACAAGCACCCGAUAUCGAGAUCGCGAAGCUUUCCACUCCCAUUGCUGGCUCCAACUAUAUCGAAUCGUCGAGGCUUCGACCUUAGCCUCUCUCGCCUUCACAAUCUGCCAAGUCCUGUAUCGACCGAGUUCUGCGACACGGUUGGCACUUCGCAUGACUCACAAUUGAUCAGGACAUCUACGGAGCCCGUGUCUUCGCAACAUCUUGUUCGCUCCAAUUCGCAAACACCGCUUACACCCCCACACGAGAUCGAAGUCCUAUCAUGGGCUCCGGAUACUACCACAGUCCACCCAGGGCCCAGCGAUUCCGAUACUGCUAGCUCGUCUCAGCCAGGAAGAGGUACAAUACAUCCCGGUGGAUCGCGAUCAGUACCCAUUAGAGACGAUGCAAGCACUACUCGAGCAGGCUAUGUUUCCUCCCUCAAUUUUGCUUCGGACGUGUGGUUUCGCCGGGCUUUAGGUGCAGCCUGCGCAGCGCCUGACUUGACCUUCAGAAUUACAUCGACCAAAGUCAUCUCCCAAGUACUACCUCCCAAUGCAUCCGAUCAGCGCAGUGUCAAGACCUACGAAAUGGUUUGUGACCACUUACAAAACAUCCUGCCAGAACCACGAUACAUCAGCAUCACACAUGCCUUGACUGUUUCACCAGGUCAAGUUGUAGAAGAUUUCCCGAAAAGUCCUCCAGCUACUCCAAGUUUCAGCGGCGACAGUUAUUUCGGCGACCAAACAGUCUUUACGCAUGCGGCUCAGGUGCCGGUCCACCACGAGCUGCGCGUACCCGCAAAUAACGGUGCAGCGCCUCCUCAAAGGCACAUCAUGAUAGCAGAAGCAAACCUUGUGGUGCUGGAAAGAUUCAUACCUCCUACCACUUUGGAGGAAACGCACGAUUUCUUCAAUGCGAACUCCUGCCGGUCGUAUCUGGCAGAUCGACUUCCUGAGCUCGCGUCUAACACAGGGUCGUUACUGCUCAUCUAUCCAACCGGAAAGGGCGCAAAGACUUUCUCAAAACAUUACGUCGGCCCUGUCCUUGAUCCCCUUCUGAGAGAGAUGACGGUUCUCAAAGCCCUCAACACGAAUGCGGCUGAGCGGCUCGGCAGGAUGAGUGGGACUGACAAGAUGUAUGAAUUCGAACAGAUGAAGAGCAAGAUACAGGACUUCUGCAUUUCCAUGAACUCUCGACAAGCCACUCGUCGGUCGGGCACAGAGUUCACGCUGAUAUACAGCGACAGGCCUGAAAUAGUUCUGGAUCGCGAUACAUGGAUGACGUGGUUUGUCGAGCAGGAGCAAUCACGAAUGAAGCAGGACCUCGUCGAGUAUCACCGAGACGGAGGCAAGCUGCCUGGUGGUGAAAGAGAUAAGAAUGAAUUGACGGCAGGUAUGCUUGCAAGGGAGAUAAUUGAAGGAUUUAGAAAAAGCAAGAAUGAAGCUGGCAAUGUUGGGGUAGAGAUUGGUGUGUUCGUCAUCCGCCGGCACCGGAUCGCGACCUAA